GGAGCGAAAGAUGGCGGCGCCUUGUUUCCCUACGCCAUUGCACAGGCAUGUGGGCCGUGGCUCCUUCAGCGACGUGUACGAGCCCGCGGAGGACACAUUUCUGCUGCUGGACGCGCUCGAGGCGGCGGCAGCCGAACUCACGGGAGUGGAAAUAUGCCUUGAAGUAGGGUCAGGGUCUGGAGUGGUAUCUGCAUUCCUAGCCUCUAUGAUAGGUCCUCAAGCAUUGUACAUGUGCACUGAUGUCAACCCUGAGGCAGCAGCAUGUACCCUGGAGACAGCACGCUGUAACAAAGUCCACAUUCAACCAAUAAUUACCGAUUUGGUCAAAGGCUUGCUACCAAGAUUGAAGGAAAAAGUUGAUCUUCUGGUGUUUAAUCCUCCCUAUGUAGUGACUCCACCUGAAGAGGUAAGGAGUCACGGGAUAGAGGCAGCUUGGGCUGGUGGCCGAAAUGGUCGUGAAGUCAUGGACAGAUUGUUUCCACUGGCUCCAGAGCUCCUUUCACCAAGAGGAUUGUUCUAUUUAGUCACCAUUAAAGAAAACAAUCCAGAAGAAAUUUUGAAAAUAAUGAAGACAAAAGGUCUACAAGGGACCACUGCACUUUCCAGGCAAGCAGGCCAAGAAAUCCUUUCAGUCCUCAAGUUCACCAAGUCCUAAUCUAUAGUGUGUGCUACUGAAAGCUGCAUGCAUUUGGCAUAUUUUGAAACAGAAGUCAUUUCUUAGUUAACAAAUAAAGUCAGAAAUUUGUCAUAUAGAAAAAGGCAGAAGAGUAAGGCAUUUCCUUUUGCCCAGGAAUCAGGCCUACAGAAAUAUUUGCACAAAUGCAAGUAAAUAUAUAUAAUAUAUAUAUAAUUUGAAUUUUAUAUAUUACAUAUAUGUGGAGAAUAUGUAAUAAAUUAUAUUUGUAGGGCUUCCCUGGUGGCGCAGUGGUUGAGAGUCCGCCUGGCAAUGCAGGGGACACGGGUUCGUGCCCCGGUCCGGGAAGAUCCCACAUGCCGGCGGAGCGGCUAGGCCCAUGAACCAUGGCCUCUGAGCCUGCACGUCCGGAGCCUGUGCUCUGCAACGGACGAGGCUACAACAGUGAGAGGCCCGCGUAUCGCAAAAUAUAUAUAUAUAUAUAUGUAUAUUUGUAUAUGAAGAGGAUGUUCAUUUCAGCAUUACUUGUAAUGGCAAAGCAAUGAAGUUAACCUAAAUGUCCAUCAGCAAAGGGAUUGGUAAAAUAAAUUACAGUAUGUUCAUGUUACUGAACAUGAGUGACAUAUCCAGCCAUUAAACACAAGUAAGUUCUGUAUAUACUGAACCAGAAGAGGUUCAUGAUGUGCUACUGAGUAGUGAAAAAAAUCAAGUUGCAAAAUAGUACUAACCUAUAUGUAUAUUUUUGAAAAACUAACAAAGAAAGUUUGUGUGUAUGUGUGUAUAAGAAAUUCUCAAAAGGUAAAUAACAGGUGGGAAUAGAGGAACUUUCAUUCUUUUGUGUUGGCAUUUGUACAAUCAUAGUGUAUUCUGUAAUUAAACACAAUCGUUUAUUUAAAA